AUGGCAGUAGAUCCGGCGUGCAAGUACCCAGACGGAAGUUUCCCGUACUUUCUUCACUUCGCCGACAGCACGCGCUUGGUGGGCGGCAUCAAUGAGCCGAAGCUUUUGGGCUGUCACGGAUCCGAUGGUCAGGUGUAUCGACAGCUGGCGAAAAGUGGAAACGAUGACUUACGUCAGGACGCUGUGAUUCAGCAGUUUUUCGGGCUCGUGAACACUUUGCUGAAGCAAAAUACGAGUACAAAUUCGCGCAGCAUGCGAAUUCGCACUUACAAAGUCAUUCCGUUUUCUCCCGAGGCUGGUCUUCUCGAAUGGGUGGACGAAACCGUUUUACUUUCGAACUAUCUUAUUCGCGACAAGAAGGGCGCGCACGAGCGUUAUCGACCUCACGAUAUGAAAUCCAGGGAUAUCUCGCAGAUGAUGCGAGAUGCAGUGACAGCUGAAGCGCAACACAAGAUGUACGAAGAAGUGUGCGAAAACUUUAAACCGGUCAUGCACAACUUUUUCCUGGAACAUUACCCAGACCCGAGCAAUUGGUUCGAACGUCGCGUUGCAUACUCGAGAUCAUGCGCGGUGAACUCCAUCGUCGGCUACGUCAUCGGCCUUGGCGAUCGACACAGCAGCAAUAUCAUGAUUGACAAAUGGACCGCCGAAUUCAUCCACAUCGAUUUUGGCGUCACGUUUGAGCAAGGCUUGACGCUAAAGACUCCCGAACGCGUUCCAUUCCGUCUGACGCGCGAUAUCGUCGAUGGUAUGGGCGCGUGUGGCGUCGAAGGCAUCAUGCGCCGGUGCUGCGAAGAAACUAUGAAGGUGCUUCGCUCAAACAGAGACGCCCUCACCACCAUCAUCGCCGUCCUCGUGCACGACCCCAUCUUAAAGUGGGCCGUCGGAGGUCGUCGUCAAAACGCGAACAUCUUCAGGACCACUACGAUGUUCGGUACGAUCGCCUACGCCCUCAAUCCCGACCGCGAGGUCGUCCCCAGCGACGAAGGCAACCUCGACGCCGAACGCGCUCUCAUGCGCGUCAAACAAAAACUCGACGGUUACGAAGACGGCGAGCUCCGCUCCAUCGAAGGUCAGGUCCAACAACUCCUCCACGACGCCCGCGAUCCACACAAAUUGGCAGUCAUGUACGCCGGCUGGGCACCGUGGGUGUAAUUGAUCCGAUAGUACACGAAUCCAUCGU